CCAAGGGCCGUGCAGCAGAGGCAGGGCGGGCAGGACAGGAGCUCUGCUCCCCUGCAGCCACCAGCAGCCCCAGGUUUGGCUUCAGUCCACCAUUGCCACCUACUGCUCCGUUCAAAGGCUGGCAAGACCCAGGGCUCUGCCUGGAGCUAUAACCCGUGCAGGCUUCCCCUCCUCUUUCCUCCCAACAGGAUUUCUGCUCCAAAAGCUCUGGGUUUCCUGCUCCCAGCUGGGGAAGGGGAGGGACUCCUGGCCUUGGGGCCCUGCAAGCCAGGCUCUGCCUCCAGGGAGGAGGAGGACAAGCUCUGUCCACCCAGCCCCAGGCCUUGCCGGGCUCCACGUCCCGCUUCGGGGCUCGUCGGGAAGGACAGACACCGUCAUCCUCGCUGGAGGUGAAUGAAGAAGCAGACUUUGGGGUGCCACAUCAGGAAGGGGGGAUUUAGUCUCUGGAGCAAAUGAAGAAACGAUUCCUCUUUGCAAGCAACUGUUUCGUGGAAGAUUUUCCAGCAUGCAGCAGCAAGGUGGGGAAAGGAAGGAGGAAGAGCCAGAAGUUCCGGCAGCCAGGAAAAGCCCGAGCACCGAAGCCGCAGAUGGAGGGUGGGCAUGGGGAGUGGUGUUUCAUUUCUUCCUGGUCAAUGUACUCGUGAUGGGGAUGCUCAAGACCUUUGGGAUUUUCUUCGUGGCUUUCCAAGAGGAGGUGGGGGGCUCCUCUGAGCAAGUCAGCUGGAUUGGCUCCAUCAUGUCCUCCCUGCGUUUCUUAGGAGCCCCGCUCGUGGCCAUGGUCUGCAAGAGCCUGGGCGAGCGGCCGACCUCCAUCAUCGGGGCCGGCUUGGUCGGAGGGGGCUGCCUGCUCAGCACACAGGCCACCAGCGUCCCCUUCCUCUGCGUCUCCAUGGGACUUCUCCUGGGUAUGGGGUUUGCCUGCCUUUACCAGGCAGCCGCGGUGAUGACGGCCAAGCGCUGCAGGACACGGCUGGCUUUCUCCAACGCCAUCGCCCGCUCCGGCAUGGGGCUGACAUUUCUAAUAGCACCAUUCACUCAACUUCUCAUCGAUUUUUAUGGCUGGCAAGGUACUCUCCUGAUUUUUGGAGGCAUCACGUUAAACCUCGUGCCUUCCAGCAUGCUGCUGCGUCCCAUCAGCACCCAGCCGCCUGAACGCUCCUCUGCUAAAAAUCAGGACUGUGGGUCUUUAAUGGCAAAGAAGGAUUCAGAAACACUCGAUGGAUGCUCAGAUGAAACCACUCCCAGGGAAAUACAGCUUCGCAGUGCACAGGACCUUCCCAGCACGGAGGGACUCCUGAUGUCCCAUGGCAGAGAUGUGUCUGGUCCAGUAAAUACAUCUGCUUUGGAAAGGCUCAAGAAACCCCCCGUGGACAGCUGCUCGCCAGAAAUAGCCACCGAGGCCAAGAGAAGCUACAAAUCCCUUCCACUGACAGAAAAAGAAAAUUCACAGCCUCUCCUUGACUUCUCCCCGCUGAAGGAUCCCGUCUUCUGCAUUUUCACGUGGUCUUUUUUGUUCAGCCACUUGGCCUACUUCGUGCCCAUCUUCCACCUGGUAGCAAGAGCCAGAACGCUGGGCAUAAGCAGCAUGGAUGCCUCUUACCUCAUUUCAGUGGCUGGCAUCACAGAGACAGUCAGCCAGCUGCUCUCAGGCUGGGUUGCUGACCAGAACUGGACCAAGAAGUAUCACUACCACGUGGCUUACCUUGUCCUCGGCGGCAUCACUAACCUGCUCUGUCCUCUGGCCACCACCUUCCCGUUACUCAUGACCUACGCGGUGGCCUUCGCUGUUUUCUGCGGUGGGUUCAUGGCUCUGGUCCUUCCUGUGCUGGUAGAUCUAGUGGGCGUGCAAAAACUCCACAGCUACUUGGGGUUUGCUGCCUUCUUUGCUGGGAUAGCAGCCAUCGGCGGACCUCCUCUAGCAGGGCAUUGGAACACUGAACUUGGAACAGAGGGACUAGAGGGGAGACAGGGAGAGGAAGGUAAAGCAAGGACAAGCUCAGCAGCAGUCCCACCAAGCAGAGGCACUGAAACAUAAGGAGAAGUCUCAGCAAUCUCUUGUUUUGAAGAAGAUUACACAGCUCAGCCACAAGAGCUCCUGGGCCCAAAGAUAAGGAGGAUGAAAAGCCUUUCCUCUUCUCCCUCUGCCAGAAAACCAAGGCAGUUUUGAGUAUCUGGCAGAUUCCAAGCGCUUAGAAGCGAGUCUCCAGUCUCUGCUUAUGAGCAAGGGACUUGUUCUCCUCCAAAUAUCUUGGCCAGGACAAAGUUUUUCCUUUCCCUGAUGACCCUUUAGCCAUACCUCAUAGCUGGAAACAGGAACUGAGCUCUUCCUAGGUCCUCAUGAUGCAAACAAACUAGAAAAAGCUGCAAGGUCAAAUAUCAGUGUGAACAAUGUCCUGUCACUCACCUACCAAAUGUAUCCUGAGUAAAACCUGGCAACUUGUUCGUCA